AUAUGAACUCCACGAAGGGGUUCAGGCAUAUGUAUAUGCUUUUUUUCCAUCCCAUUUUAUUCCCAUACCAUACCUGUAAGGUAGAUUAUAAGUGAUGCUGGCUAGCCUAAGAUCAACCACUGAUCUUUGCAGCAAAAAUGAAAUUUAUCUCCAUGUCUCCUCAGUAUAUAUGAUUGUUACUCUCUCCCCCUUCACUUGGCCCAUAAGUUUUCUUAAUUUCAGGCUACAGGUUUGUUAACUCUUGUCAGAUAAUAAUUUUAUUUGUUUUGUAUAUUUUUCAAGGAUGUUUCUGGAAUGCCAGCCAUUGCUCGACCAGUUAUGGAAGGAGGAGGUGGAUUUGAUUACCGGCUAGCCAUGGCCAUUCCUGACAAAUGGAUUCAGUAUCUGAAGGAGUAUAAGGAUGAAGAAUGGAAUAUGGGCAAUAUAGUGUUUACACUAACAAACAGGCGCCAUGGAGAAAAAUAUGUUACAUAUUCAGAGAGUCAUGACCAGGCCCUUGUCGGUGAUAAGACUCUGGCAUUUUGGCUGAUGGAUGCAGAGAUGUAUACCAAUAUGAGUAUUCUCUCACCUCUCACUCCAGUUAUUGAUCGAGGAAUACAACUUCAUAAAAUAAUUCGCCUCAUUACUCAUGCACUUGGAGGAGAAGGAUAUCUUAACUUUAUGGGUAAGUGAUUCUGGAUUUCACC